UUCUAGGCGUCGGUGGUUUUGAAGGAACGCCAUCCAUUACCAUCACCUGCCCCACCCUCCCUCUCAUUUUUACCAUGGGUGAAGCAACCCCGCCCCCAUUCUUCACUUGGGUAUCAAGCAACCUUGCAGCUCAUGGACUGCCUUCCUUGCCCGACCAGAUGCGUUACCUUGAAGAUAAAGGUAUCUGUUACGUGGUGUCGUUGACCAGUGAAUGUCGUCCCCCUGUAGAGGCAACACCCAGUAUAACAUGGAUUCCUAUAGGUAUUGAUGACUUUCAUCCUCCAACACUGGAGCAGGUGGCAGAAUUUAUUAGGGUGGUGGAAAAGGCAGAGAAAGAAAAUAAGUCUGUUUCUGUUCAUUGUAUGCGUGGGAGGGGACGGACAGGGACCAUGGUUGCCUGCUAUUUCAUCAAAAUGCAAAACAUGUCUGCAGCCGAGGCAAUAGCUGAAGUGCGCCACCAACGUCCAGGCUCUAUAGAGACGGCAGAGCAGGAGGAUCUUAUAAGAGAAUAUUACACAUUCAUUAGUAAACCAAGUAUAUGAGAUUGUACUCAGGUAAAACUUAAAGCACAAACUAAGUCUAAGAGAAUGUAACUGAAAUUUACAGGGUAUGUGAUAUACAGUGCAUCCCAGAAAAAAGGAAGCCGAAUUCCCAUGUCUUUUUAAUUCAAAUGCAAAUUAAUUAUGAUAUUUCAGUUAAAUAAUCGUAUAAUUCAAUUAUUCCUCUUUAUUUUGAUACCUAAUAUGAGGCAAACGCUUCACGCAUUAAUGAGCAAGACGAGUUUGAUAUUUUAAUGUAUUCAGAUUCACACGUAAGUUUCUGCGCAAAUCGUUUCUGAUAUGCCUCAAUAUUUAUUGUUGCUAAUCUACCAUGCGUGAACGAUUUGCUACAAGAGAUGAGAUUCCACUCUUGCCAUGAGUAUCAAAUUUGUAAUAAACACAUUAAUAAUUGUGAAAUCUAUCUCUUAAAAGGGUUUCCUUUUUUGUGGGACGCACUGUAUAAUGGCAUGCACACUUUUAAUAUCAGAGUGAUGUAUUUAUAUGUGUUGUUUAUGCAUGUUUUUUUAUACUGCUUGCACAAUAUGAAAUAUAGAAACACCUAGUUUUUAACAACUCGAUGUGAUGUGACUCUAAGAGCCAAUAUUUUAAUAAAAGUUUUAUUGUACAUGAAUGUGAACAUGUAGAAUUUAAUACUUUUUAGUGGGUGAUUGUAAAACUAUUUUUUUAAUUAGAUACAUGGUAUUUGGUAUUAUAAAAUGUUAAUAGAUAUUUAAAGUUGUAAUUUGGAGAGGGUUUUCUGUAUUUGAGUUUGAGUUUAGAAAACAGUUCAAGUUUAUUAUAUUGAUUUCAAAUCCAUACAAACAAUAUUAAAAGGAUUACAAUCAAAUCAUGAUGAUUUCCUGAACAAGGCAAAAGAAGAAGAUACUGGAAAAAGUAGGCCUACCUGUUGAAAAGAUUUGAUGUUUGCAGUUUUAUGUUAGGUCAUUUUUCUCGCCAUAAGUCUACAUUUUAGUUGUAUUUUGUUUUGUGAAACCUGCCUUUGAUCACUUUCAUUGUAAUUUAUUGUAAUUUUUCUUUGAGGUUCCCCAAAACUUCUGAAAUCAAACUGUUGAAUUACGGGUAAAGCAUCAUGUCAGUGCUAUGAAGGGUCAUACGCAUAAACUUUCAAUAAAAAAAUUGAAAGCAAGAGAGCGAAACGACCGAGCUUAUCAUUGGGAUGCUUUUACAUUUUAAAGUGAAAUUACCGGUAUAAGAUUUUGUGCAUACUUUUGGUGGAUUUUGUGAAAGGUAAUUAAUAAAAUGUAAUUUUUCAGAAUUACCAGUGGGAAAUUGCCCCCCCCCCCCCAUCGCUGCAUGUGGCCAUGGUGCUAUGGUGUAUUGAUCUGAAAGUACUGCACUCCCAGCACAAAUUUUCUUUAUUGAAGCUCAAAUUUAUAUUUAAACAAAAUUGGUUAUUUCCAUAUAUAUAGUUCAUUUCAUAGAAUGUAAAUUAAUCUAAAAACAUUUCUGAUUUCAGUGAUAUAGUUAACAUACAGGGAGCAUUUCAUGAAGUCUUUUGUCAGUGAUUGAAACCAGUUGAUGUUAUAAGCUACUGAAAUCCUUUCAUUUGAUUGGCUCAAAUCAAAUCUGUUUCAUGAAAUGCUGCUUAGAUGGUUGUCUCUGAAAUCACAAUAAAAAUGUUGCUAUACAUAUAUAACAAACUACAUGUAUACAUAUAUGUUUUCACAACUCAAGAAUCGACUCACAUACUACAACUCUUCCUGGCAAAAUGGUUCCCAAAACUACUUGCGUUUACCAUCAUGCCAGCUCAUAUUUUUACAUAUAUAUAUUAUAACACCUUUUAUUUCAAACAGCAGGUGUUAUUAUUUUUUAUCAUUCAUUUUA